AAAAAAAAAAGAGGCGGUGAAGACGACAACAUUUGGGGAAAGUAACUUGCAGCACAAUCACCGCCUUGGUUAUCCAGUGAGCUACACGUGACGGGGGUGCGUCUCCAGUCACUGCCUGGGAGUGGGUUGCCGAUGCGAGUUUAGGAGCGGGGCUUCUGCGUGGGAACUUCGCUUUAACGCUCAACCUUUUCCAGGACAACAAGAGAAAUUUUGUACCGCCACGCGAAUCGGUGGGAACUCCCGGUUCCUUAUGUCCCGCAAAUCCAGCGGCAAUGAGUACAUUCUGAGCGAUCUGAGGGGGGAGAGGAAGAUGGAGCGAGAGGAGGGACAGCGGGAGGAAGUGGUCGGCGAGCGCAGUCUGAUUAAACCGCCCGGCGACAGUAGCAUUAACAGCGGUAGCGGGCAGUCAGCGGCCAUGGCAACCGGGGCCGGCGGCGAGCUGGAGCGGGCGGCUCGCAAGCAGUUCCAGGGCAACCACACCCCCAAGUUCCUCUACAGACUCUCCGCUUUCGCAGCCCUCGGCGGCUUCUUGUUCGGCUACGACACGGGCGUAGUGUCCGGCGCUCUGUUGUUACUCAAGAAGGAAUUCGGCCUCAACGAGCUGUGGCAGGAGUUGGUGGUUUCGGCCACGGUGGGGGCGGCUGCCAUCUCGGCGCUCAGUGGCGGCGUGCUCAACGACCGCUUCGGACGGAAACCUUGCAUCCUCUUGGCGAGUUUUUUCUUCAUGGUGGGGGCCGUGAUAAUGACAGCCGCCAAUGACCGCUACACCUUGCUAUCCGGGCGCAUCGUCGUGGGUUUAGGCAUUGGUCUCUCCUCCAUGACGGUAACAGUAUACAUUGCAGAGGCUGCACCGUUCCAUUUGAGAGGACGAUUAGUUACCAUUAACACACUUUUCAUAACUGGAGGGCAAUGUUUUGCAAGUAUUAUUGAUGGAGCAUUUAGUUACCUUGAAAAAAAUGGCUGGAGAUACAUGCUUGGGCUUUCAGCUGUUCCAGCCAUUAUUCAGUUUGUGGGAUUCCUUUUCCUUCCAGAAAGUCCACGAUGGCUAAUGCAAAAAGGCAAGACUCAGAGAGCACGCAGAGCACUGAAUUUGAUUCGUGAAACCCAAAAUAUCGAUGAUGAGUAUGAAUCCAUCAAAAGUAGCAUUGAGGAAGAACAACGAGAAGUAAGAGGAGGUGGUUCCGUGUUGUGGAAGAUGUUAACCUAUCCACCAACCUUCAGAGCUCUAAUAGUUGGAUGUGGAAUGCAGCUCUUUCAACAACUUUCUGGUAUCAACACAGUCAUGUACUACAGUGCUACGAUAUUGCAGAUGUCAGGAGUCCAAGAUGAUAAACUAGCAAUCUGGUUGGCAGCAGUCACAGCAGGAACUAACUUCAUUUUUACGAUGGUUGGAGUUUGGCUGGUUGAAAAAGUCGGACGCAGAAAGCUCACCCUAUGCAGUCUUGCAGGAACAACAGUUAGCCUUGUGGUUCUAGCAGUUGGAUUUUUAUUAUCAGCUCUCACUUCACCACCGAUAAUUCUCCAUCCCAGAGACCCAUCAGGCCAUAAUGUCAGCUGUGUUAAUUACAAAUUUUGCGACAGAUGUAUGUUGGAUCCAAACUGUGGCUUCUGUUUUAAAAUGCAGCAUCCUAAUAUUACAGAAACAUCAUGUGUUCCUGUGAGCAAUAGAUCCGACGCCAUAGCUGCCUGGGGCAGGUGCAGCAAUGAGUCAGAGUUUAAGAAAGAAGGAUUGUCUUGGGCAUUUAACUUCUGUCCCACAAAAUAUUCCUGGACUGCAUUAUUGGGUCUUAUCUUGUAUCUUAUCUUUUUUGCACCAGGAAUGGGUUCCAUGCCUUGGACAGUAAAUUCUGAAAUAUAUCCAAUGUGGGCAAGAAGUACAGGAAAUGCAAUGUCUUCUGGAGUCAACUGGAUUUUCAAUGUCCUUGUAUCAUUGACAUUUUUGCAUUUAGCAGAGUAUCUCUCAUAUUAUGGUGUUUUCUUCUUGUAUUCUGCGCUAGCUGCCUUAGGGUUGUUUUUCAUAUAUGGAUGUCUUCCAGAAACUAAAGGAAUAAAGUUGGAAGAAAUUGAGACCUUGUUUGAGAACCGACUAUGUACAUGCGGCCUUUUGGAUUCUGAUGAAGGUCGGCACAUUGAAUAUAUUCGAGUGAAAGGAAGCAAUUAUCAUCUUUCUGAUAAUGAUACUUCUGAUGUGGAAUGAUCUGCUAUGGUGUCUUUUAUGAUUGGUCUUAAGAAUCAAGGAAUAUUGUUGUCCACCUACUCUGCUUCUGGUUUGGUGUCUGAUUCUGCAUUUCGAUGCUGCUGCUUCAAUUUAAAGAAAAAUAAUUGUUGUUUUUUAUUUCUCUAACUUCGGUGAUCAUUUUAAACCAUUGUGUUUUUAUUUUAUAGCCUCUAGUCCACUUGUUCAAAGAAGUGAAAAUGAAGAAGGCAUUGUUUGGUAUACAGGUGGGCAAACAAAUGUACUUUGAUUUACCUGCUAACAGCACUUGCCGCUGAUAUUAGGCUCUGCAUCUGCCACUAUGAUGUAGAUUAAAAAUGUAGCAAAUAGGCAUUUCAGAUUAUAGCUUUUAUGUUCACAAAUUAUAACCUCUUUUAAAAUAAGACAACCAUAUUAACUUAAUUAUAAUAUUCUUAUGUGUUACACUAAAGUAUUCAAAGUAGUCUGGUGUUGUGAUGUAUUUAAGUGCUGAUAGUUGGUAUCAUGUGGGAUGUUUCUGCUCAUUUUCACUUUUGAUAAACCAAUUUUUCUUCAGGUAUACAAAGAACUUUCUCACAAGCAACAACAUGACAGUUUGUCAUCUUUAUCAUUUGCACACGUUCUAGCAGUCAGAUGCAGAGCAAGGUUCUUAAGAAACGUGUUUAUCUGGAAUCUUGGAUAAUGAAUUCCGUAA